AUUCUUGGCCAUUUUAGGAGGUGCAAAAGUAGCCGAUAAAAUUCAGCUUAUUGAAAAUUUGUUAGAUAAAGUUAAUGAAAUGAUUAUUGGUGGAGGCAUGGCUUAUACAUUCCUCAAAGAAUCCAAAGGCAUGAAGAUUGGAACUUCCCUUUACGAUGCUGAAGGAGCAAAAAUAGUUAAUAAUUUACUAGAAAAGGCCAAGAAAAACAAUGUUCUAAUUCACUUGCCUGUUGAUUUUGUAACUGCCGAUAAGUUUGAUGAAAAUGCCAAUUCCAGUUGUGCUGCCGUAGAAGACGGUAUUCCCGAUGGAUGGAUGGGACUUGAUAUUGGUCAACAGACAAUUGAAAAGUUCAGAGAUCCAAUAAGAAGAGCAAAAGUUAUUGUGUGGAAUGGUCCAGCUGGUGUAUUUGAGUUUGAAAAAUUUUCCAAAGGAACUAAGGCCAUAAUGGACGAGGUUGUUGAGGUAACAAAGAAGGGAACAAUAACCAUAAUUGGUGGUGGCGACACAGCCACCUGUGCUUCCAAGUGGGGAACUGAAGACAAAGUUUCUCACGUUUCUACUGGAGGUGGAGCGAGUCUUGAACUUCUUGAAGGAAAAGUUCUUCCAGGAGUUGCAGCAUUAACAGAUGCUUAGUUUUUGUGAUCACACAAAUUUGUAUUUAUUUAAAAUUAUUAGUGUAAAUGUUCUUGAAGCUGUGUAAUGAGCUAAUUUUUUGUGAACCGAAUUGUUUAUAAAUGUUUUGAAUAUA